AUGGAUCCGUGUGAAGAUGAUGCUUCAGUUUCUUCAAGAAAACAUAGUUUUGAGGAUUCCAUAAAGAAACCUCAGUCAGUUGGACCAUGGGGAGGCAAUGGAGGGUCUCGUUGGGAUGAUGGGGUCUACUCAGGAGUAAGGCAAUUGGUGAUAGUUCAUGGGGCAGGCAUUGACUCCAUCCAGAUUGAAUAUGAUAAGAAAGGAAGCUCUAUUUGGUCAGAGAAGCAUGGUGGAAGUGGAGGCCGUAAAACUGACAAGGUGAAGUUUGAUUAUCCAAAUGAGAUCCUAACUAAAAUCCAUGGAUACUGUGGCAGCUUCAAUCAAUUGGGGCCAAACAUAGUUCGGUCACUGAGUUUUGAGAGUAACAAGAAAACUUAUGGACCAUUUGGUGUUGAACAAGGGACAUAUUUUUCAGUCCCAUUGACUGGGGCAAAAAUUGUUGGGCUCCAUGGCAGGUGUGGUUGGUACAUAGACGCCAUUGGAGUCUAUCUGAAGUCCUUGAAACAACCAAAUCCAUCCAAGAAUUUGGCUCAUUCCCAGAGCCCCAUUACUCACUUUUCUGAGAAUUUUGGUUAUUCUGUGAUACAAGGAACUGUGAACAAACACUACGAUAUUGUUCUUGCUGUGAGACAAAAAGAUGAUUUCAGUAAGCCUUUAGCAAACAAUGUCUCCCGGAAGAUUUCUUUUGUCCAAGAACCCAACAAUACCGAACAUAAGGAAAGGAUAGCUCGUGUGAAAGAGUCAAUCCCAAAGGUUGGAGGUGUGAUCACAUAUGGACCUUGGGGUGGCAUUGGUGGACAUGUAUUCGAUGAUGGAAGCUACACAGGGAUCAGGCAGAUCAACUUGUCACGAAAUGUUGGCAUUGUAUGGAUUAGAGUUCUGUAUGAUCAUCAUGGGGAGACCGUAUGGGGAUCCAAGCAAGGUGGAACAGGAGGAUUUAAAAUUGAAAAGAUAGCUUUUGACUUUCCUUAUGAAGUCCUGACACAUGUAUCUGGCUACUGCGAUCCUUUGAUGUACAUGGGGCCUGUGUUUAUAAGGUCACUAACUUUCCACACCAACAAGAGAAAGUAUGGACCAUAUGGGGAUGAACAAGGAACUUAUUUCACCACAAAAGUGAAAGAAGGGAAAAUUGUUGGCAUUCAUGGGAGAAAAGGUUUGUUCCUAGAUGCUUUUGGAGUACAUGUUGUAGAAGGGAAAGUAAUAGUGCCUGUGGCAACCCCUUCCAAGGAAAUCAACCCUAGAGAAACAAGUAGUGGAGAUAUAGGCAGAGCUCAAUGGCCCAACAAACUAGUACUUGCUAAGCCAUCAGCAGUGGAAGAGGUUUCUUGUGGUGUGAUUAAGGAACCAGCUCCAUGUGGAUCAGGGCCAUGGGGUGGGGAUGGAGGUAGACCCUGGGAUGAUGGAGUCUUUACUGGGAUUAAGCAAAUUUAUUUGACAAAAGUAUCAGAAGGCAUAUGCUCUAUUCAAAUAGAGUAUGACCGAAACAAGCAAUCUGUGUGGUCUGUAAAACAUGGUGGUAAUGGAGGAGACACCAUGCACAGGAUACAGCUGGAGCAUCCACAUGAGGUCCUGACUUGCAUAUCUGGCUAUUACGGGUCAAUCACUAAGGAUGAUCAGCAGCAUAUAAUCAUAAAGUCACUGACUUUCAACACCAGUCGUGGCCGGUAUGGUCCAUUUGGUGAAGAAGUUGGGAAAUUCUUCACCUCAACCAUUACAGAGGGCAAGGUGCUGGGUUUUCAUGGGAGGAGCAGCUUGUACUUGGAUGCCAUUGGAGUCCACAUGCAACACUGGCUAGGAGGACACCACAAAACUUCAAGGCCCUCCCUCUUCAAGCUAUUUUGA